AUGGAAAAGAGUACACUGCCAGCUUAUCAACCAAAACUCCCUUACCCUGUGAAGGUGAAGAAGGAUCAACAGGAUGAGCAGUACAAGAGAUUCCUCGAUAUGUUCAAGACCCUACACAUUAAUGACCAAUUUGUAGAAGCUCUUGCUGAAAUGCUGAGGUAUGCUAAAUUUUUGAAGGAAUUGCUCAUGGACAAGAGGAAACUAGAGGAAUUGCCUUCAGUGACACUUAGCAAAGAGUGUUCGGCAUUGAUCACUAGUAAUCUCCCCAAGAAGGAGAAUGACCCUGGGGGAUUCAUUGUUCCUUGCACAAUACUAGAGUUAGUAGAUGAGAAAGCUCUAGCUGAUAUUGGUGAAAGAAUCAACCUCAUGCCCUUCAAAAUCUUCCAAAAGUUUGGGCUUGGAGAACUGAAACCCACCACAAUGACUCCACAACUAGCAAAUAGGUCUAUCAGGAUGGAGAUCUUCCUAAAGGAUGAGCUCUUUGAGAUAUUAGAGGAUGAACCUUUUGAUGAUGAAGUUGGGGAGGAAGUGAUGGAAGAAUCUCACUAUCUAGUUUUGGUGGCCAUCGAAGUUUCUGCACCACCGAAGCCACUGAAGGAAAAAACCUACGGUGCGAAGAAAUGA